AUGUCGGAAUCGAAUCAGCAGCAGCAGGUCAGCAAUGGGACUGAGAACAACGUCCAAUGGGCCGCCACCCACGUCGCCCCCGCCCCGGGCGUCGUAACCCAAGUCCGCUCCGAAACCACCACCUACGCCACGGACGGUGACCGCUUCGUCGAGCGGCACGAGGUCCUCGCCGGCCCCCUGGGCGAGGAAGAGGGCUACGUCGAGAAGCGGGAGGGACACCUGGGGGUCCCCAGCGGGGGGGUCGUGGAGGAGGUCGAAGAGGAGAGGGAGAUUGGGUUGUUGGAGCCGGAGGGGAAGGGGGGUGAUGGUAUUGAGGAGGAGGGGGAGGAAGAGGAGGAUGAGGGGGGGGAGAAGGAGAUUGGUGCUGUUAAUGGGGAUGCGGGCGGUGUGGUGGGGGAGGAGGAUCUUACUGCUGCUGCUGCUGGUAUUAUAGGGAAGGAGGAUGAGGGGGAGGGAACGAAGGAGCCUGAGCCUUCUAAGGCCGGGACACCGGACCAAGGCGCUACUACCUCCACCAAAAAAGCCGAGGGCGGACCAGCUGCAGCUGCAGUUGCCGACGAAACCGAUAAGAAAGCCGAGAAGAAAGCGGAAACCGGUCCAGCUGCGACAGUAGCUGCUGAGGCGGCGGGCGAGGCGCCGGUGCGCGCGGCAAGGGAGAAGGAGGCGGAGGUGACGUCGACUAGUCUCCCCUCUGGUGCUUCUGGGGGGGAGGUGGAGGAGGCCGGUGGUGGGGAGGAUAGGAAGAGGAAGGCGGAGGGGGGGCAUGGGGAGGGAGAGAAGAGGGGGAGGGGGAGGCCGGCGAAGGGGGAGGGGAAUGCGGGGAAGGGGAAGGAGCCGGUGGAGGGGACGAGGAGGAGUACGAGGGCUAAGGGGAGGAGUGAGUAG